AUGCAGGUGAUGCUGAGAUUUAGGCAGGGUCCGGCCCAGAUAAGAACCCCUCCUGCGAGCUUCCUGCUCGUUCCAUCAGAUCCCACCGGUCGCCACCAUCUUGUCAUACUUUGGAUCCCAAUUCGCCUUCUUCGGCUGCGGCUCCGGCUCCAGAACCUUCGGACCACUGGGUCAGACGAUGCGAGACUAUGGUCUGUUGAACACAACUGGUUAGCUGCUGCCGGGAGUACUCUAUCCACCGGUCGAGAUUGGCAUGUUCUACCCUUCUUCCGACCAUGGCCGGGGCUCGACCCCGCCCGUCUGGCCGCGGCCUCCUGCCCCCUUUCGGCUCCGCGACUGCGCUUCUGCUCCUUCUGCUCCCGCCCACUCUGUAACGGCUUCAAGACCGACUCUCCGGCAUUGCCAAGGGAGCACUGUCCAAAAAGCUGUUUGAUGAGGUUCCUCUUUCUUCGCCUGCUCCCUCGUCCUGCCUACCCUGUUCGCCGGUUUUCUGGUAUCAACCAGAAACCCUCCGUCUGGCAUCCAGCCGCCUGCUCAUCUCGCCUUGCCCACCGGCCAACCGGCUUAGCAGAUAUCUCGGUCAGAUCGUGCCCCUCACACCGAUACACCGAACACACUCCACGCCAACACACCAACACUGGCCAGGGCAAAACACAUACACUGUGUGCUCACUCGUCCACACCAAUGUCUUAG